AUGAGAGAAGGUGGCAUUUUGGGACAUGUUAUAUCACAUGGAGGAAUUGCAGUGGAUCCUUCAAAAAUUGAAGCAGUAGUGCAAUGGGAACCACCUACGAUCGUUACAGAAGUUCGGAGUUUUCUCGGACCUGCUGGAUAUUACCGGAGGUUUAUUAAAGGGUUUUCACAGAUAGCCUUACCUCUGACUUACCUUACACGAAAGGAAGUUCCGUUCGUUUGGACGGUUGAGUGUGAUAGAAGUUUCAAGAUGCUUAAGGGGAAGUUAACAACUGCACCUGUAUUAGUACUACCCGACCCGCAGAAACCUUUUGAAGUAUACUGUGACGCCUCUCAUAAUGGACUUGGAUGUGUGCUGAUCCAAGACAAAAAUGUGGUGGCUUAUGCUUCUCGACAACUGAGACCUCAUGAAUGA